GUCAAUGGACUUUCCAACAAAUUUUGGGGUUGGGGACGUGAAGAUGAUGAACUGUCUUUGAUAAUAAAAGAGGCUAAAUUAUCAGUAAGUAAUAAUAUUACUAACACCACUGAAACUCAUGCAAGAGGACGCUCCUGGAAAACACAAGCAGAGGGUCCACAACUGGAAGCGGCCACUUUAUAUAGGAAUAGGGAGCUUACGAAUCGACGACUUUCGCAUGUCCCUAAUGUGGUACUUGAAUUAUCUGGAAAAAUCCGCUGAAGUAUGUAGGGAAAACUUUGAAAAUUAGUCUCACGUCCUGCUUUUUAUAGGACGCCGGCGAAUCGCUGUCAACAACGGCGUCGACUUUGGCGCGACGCCGGCAAGUGCCCAGAUAAGCAUGCGCAGUAAGCCUGUCACGCAGUCCAACGGCGUCGUCGUGCGAAAGUCGUCAAUUCGUAAGCUCCCUAAUGAUCCUCUUAAGCUGCUUUCCCGGGCGGAGGGGGUAUCCCUGGGAAUUAUUGGUGGGGUUGUCCCGCCCGGUUCUCCAAAUCCUGACCCUAUUUGAGACCAAAAGAUGUCAAUUUUCAACCCGUUUUCAGACCUAGCCUUCAAGAAAUUAUUUCAUCAUCACUUAGAUUAGAACAGGAACAAAACCGUUUCUAAAAAUCAAUUUGGAAUUCGAAUAUUUCUCUUUCUUUCUACCUCAUUUGGAACUGAAACGAUGAAUACGUUCAUACAAUCCCCUAGUUCGCUCGAUGACUGUACCCGAUUCCAGACCAAAAUGGGCAAAGUCUAUACCCGUUUUCAGACCAAAACGGCGCAAAAACCCUACCCUUUGGGGCAGCACAUACAUAUACUGCUUAUAUAAGGGAGUACAACCGCGGGGGGACUACUACUAGCAGUUUGGUAGGAAUGUAGAGCGGGCUCAGUGCUGCUUAUGGGAAUGUCCGUUAACAGAACUUUAACUCCAGUAAUGUUAGUAACACCUACAUGGCUAUUCUCAGAUCUCUCUGUUGUGGCCAAUAUUAUUCACGCACUGAAUCAACUCAAUUGAUAAUACCAAUCUCUCUGCUGCUUCUCCUACUGGAACAAUUUGGAGACCAUGAGAUUGUUAAGGGUUAAACUUGACAAGAUUAUGCCCUCACAAUGCCGGGAUGAUGGUGCUGCAUCUUUUGAAUCCUAAGUGACCGGCGUUCGUUUGAAGUGCUUAAACUAGGUUUUCCAGUAGCUGAAAGCAAAAAUCACUAGUAGGUUAUGCAAAUUCAGUUCUUUUGUCAGUUUGUCAGUUUUCUCAAAAUCAACUGGGUAAGGGGAAGAGUCCUUCUCCUGUCUCAUUCUCCGUUUUCACCCUCGCUCCAGACCUUUCGUUUGACUGCUCGCACGUUCUUGACCUUCGCGAAAAUACGGGCUGUUUAGUGUAGUUAAGUUUAGUAUACUGCUGGGAACUGUUAGCAGACAACCUGGCUUAACCUUAGGCAUCUGUAUGAGAUCAUUGGUGUAAUACUUGUUCAAUAAUUGUCAAGAGUGAACGGAGAACUUAGUCUUCUUUUUUCCACAAUGAACAGAAUAAAACAGGGAACGGAGCGGGGAACGGGGCGUAGGACGGAGUGGGAAACGGAGCUGGGGACGGAGCUGGGAACGGAGGGAGAGGCGGGGGGGGGGGGGGGGGGGGGGUAAAAAGUUAAAGGAGAAGGGGGUGGUUUUAUCUUUUUUUUUCACAAAAAGAAAAAAAAAAAAAAGGAAGAGGGGGGGGGGAGGGGGGGGGGGCGGGGGGGGGAGGGGGGGGAGGGGGGGGAUAGGGGAAUGGGGGGGGGGGGGGGGGGGGGGGGGGAGAGACUCUAAGUUUUUUCAAUGUUCCCUGUGAUCCACAUCCCAUUUACUUCCAUCUACCCCUCUAUAAAUACCCUAGGCUGAUAAUCUCAAAUGUCACAAUUUUUUUCGUUACAAACUCUUUAAUUCUUUCAUCGUGGCUAUUAACGUUAAUAUUGUUUGACGAUGUUGAUAUUGAUUUUAGAUUUAUCGCCACAGCAGCAAACAAAUAACAACUGGUUAUGAAACGUUUAAACACGAUCAUGACCCAAAGAAAAGAAAACGAGACUACGCAAGGUUUUAUGACCAGAAGAAGGUGGGUUGGUACAUUUACAUGUAGGCAACUGAUACUUGUUUAUACCAUGGCUAAGUCAUCUCUCGAUCUGUGCUUGGUAAAUUUUCGCUCUUUAACUUGUGUACGGACCAAGAGAUCUUUCUUUCUCCUUCAAUCAUGCAGCUACAAGUGCGCCUAUCUCCGAAAAAGCCAUCAAAACGAUAAAAUACUUUUGUUUUUCAACUUAGAGAAUCAUGUAGUACGCUUUCAUUUGCUUGUUCUGUAACAUCGUUUGUUAGGCACCAAGUUCUUGUUCCACAAAAAGAAAGUCACAUGAUAUAUAUCUUACUAUACCCACGAAGUAACUUCCAAUCCUAUGAAUUACGGAUCACAUGUUUUUUGUUGUUGUUGUUUUUGUUUUUAAGUCCUCAGUUGUUAUUGGAUACCCUCCUGACCAUUCGUUAGACUUGAAAUCUUGAAUUUCCGCAUUUGUGUUCGUGUAGUCUUUUCAGGUAUCGUUUCAAGGAGACAGGGAAACAGGAGUUACAACAGUCAAGUACAACAUUGCUGAUAAGACUGAUCUUGUUAUUAAUGGGACACCGUGCGUGAUUCUUAAUGUGAACUUGCACUGCAAUGUACAAGAAACACCGUGGUGUGACAAUCCUGACUCGUGA